CUGGGUGGGGACUAGUCCCUGGGCUGCAGGCGCCGCUGCUACACACGCACAGCGCACAGCGGCGGCCGCUCCGUGGCAGCUCCUACUACUGCUGGGCUGGGCGGCGCGGGGCGGGCUGCGCGGGGCGGGCUGAGCGGGCUGCUCCGGGGCUCGCCUGCACACUUCGGCUCCCACACAGGAGACCGGCCGCUCUCCGACCAGCCGCGGGCGCCAAGCCCAGAUCUACCAGUGAGCCUCAGGCUUUGGGAACUGAAGAGUGUAUCUGAAAAACCCACCCAGCAUUCCAAUGGCUAGCAACAAUACCGCCAGCAUAGCACAAGCCAGGAAGCUGGUAGAACAGCUGAAGAUGGAAGCCAACAUCGACAGGAUAAAGGUAUCCAAGGCCGCCGCAGACUUGAUGGCCUACUGCGAGGCUCAUGCCAAGGAAGACCCCCUGCUGACCCCCGUCCCGGCUUCAGAAAACCCAUUUAGGGAGAAGAAGUUUUUCUGCGCCAUCCUUUAAGUCGUCGCGAGGAGCCUGUAGAGCCUCAGGGCUCCUGGGACACUGAUGUUGAGUUUUUAGCAAAGUGGGCGCCUUUCUAGUCCACAGCAUUUAAAGAGAGGGAGGAGAACCAUCCUGGAAACUCCAGGCUAUGCAUGUUUAAAGAACCGGUCCCCUUGAUGAGAAUGAAAGCCAAACCACAUCCUGAGUUAAGAGAUCUGAUUAUCUGCAGAACUGCCUGGAGGAGGGGAAUAUGUAAAGAUAAAAUCCGACUCAUUUCUUUUCUGCUAUCCCUUCCCAAACCUUAUGUUUCUGCUUCAUAUUUAAAAAAAUAAAAAUAAAAACAGACAGCUGUACUGAGCUAAGAUAUGUAUGACCUUCUUGGAAUGAAUAUUGCCUUUAGAAUACCCUUUGAUAAGCUGAAUUGUCCAGUGUAGCCGCGGUUUGGUUUAAUGGCAUUGAUGUUUAGUCUUUGUGCCUUUUUCUUUUUUCCUUCUCUCCUGCCUCUCCUUCCCACCCCUUCCGGUUAGAGUAGUGCAGAGCGAAGACUGGAUUAUCUACGAGACUGAACUCCAAGGAUGAGCACCCAAGUGUUUAGGGAGCUGUUCCCCGUGGUUUGUCCUCAUGGUGAUUAACAACAAAAAAUGCCCAGUUGUCUGUGUUCUCUUAUCACCAUUCUUAACAUUUGUACAUGAUAGCUUUGAUUCUGCAAGUAAAAGUAAAUCAUGUGUUGUGACUGGUGCUUUCAUAUAUUUGUGACGAUUUUUUAGUAAUACUGCAUGAAAAUGUCCCUAUGUUACAUCCAUUCAGAAGGUUUGUUGUUUUACUCAAGUUUGGAACAGGAAUGAGAAGGAAAAGAAGCUGGAGAAGAACAAACUCAGUGUCUUGAAAAUUGAGAUGACUUCAGAGCCUUAGCCAUGCCUAAAAUACCUCUGAGUUCACGGUGGCUUAAACGCCUCUUCAAAGAGAAUCCAAAGCAUUUUGAUUGUAUCUAGGAUCCAGGGCAGCACAGGAACCAACGGGCAGGAGAAGGAAGGAAGGAUUCACCAUCAGUGAGGAGGCCUUUUUGUCAUAGAGUAAGAGCCAAUUUCAUCUUUCCCUGCAUUGUGGAAAUUUUAGAUUGAAAGAACACUUUCUGUUCGUUCAAAUAUCAGGAAAAAUAAACCAAUGGCUCGAGAGAAGACCCAUUCUCAGAAUCCCGGCUGUUCACCUGCCAGGGAGAAGGAGGCAGGUAGGGGCCCACCAGCACCACCAGAAGGGGUUCUGGCUCUCUCUUGCCACUGGGAUAGUCUUUGUUUUUCACUCCCCCAAUUUCUCAAAAGAGCCUUUUCUGGUUUUGUUCUCCAUCUUGUUCGUUAGAGUCUCUCAGUCUUUCUUUACAACUUCCUUCUAGCUAGAGCUCUCUCUUCCUGAGAGGUGAUAUUGAAACUGAUUUUUCAUUUCAGCUCUAGCCUUCAUCAGCCAGGGAAGGUACUGGAAACCUGUAUCACUUUUUCCUGUGCCAUUCCCACGCGAAAGAGGACCGGUCUUACAGCUCGCUGUUUACUUUGGAAUUGCAAAAGACCAUAUCCAAUUUAAUUCUAUUCUCUUUCCCUUCUCUUCCUUCUGUUUAAAAAAAAAAAAAAAAGGUGAGGGAGGAAAAGAGAAGAUAUAAAAACUUAGUAGGCCAAGGACAGAUUUAGAAAGAGUUAGUAAAUGUUUUCCUUAGCUCCUUUUUAAGGGCAUGAUGGUAAAAAAAAUAAAUAUAUCCAACUGGGGCAGGGGCAAAGGAAUGCUGAGAUACUUGCAAAAUGUAUGACUCUACUUCUACAACCGGGUACUUCUGUUCAAACCUUGCGAUGUUGUUACAGUCAGAGAGACACUAAUGAAGAUUUAGUGGGAAGACCCUGGCCAAGUAUUCAUUAAACUAUAUACAGUGUUGUACCAUUAGCUUCAUAAUACUGUGGAAUCAGCUAAAACCAUAUCACAUUUUAAAAAUUAUCCAAAACAGGAAUUGAGUAUGUGGUCACCUAAAAACUAGUGUGAAUAAAGCACCUUUUGAUGGUGAUUAAAGCGUCAUUGUAAGACCCCAAGGAUUUUCAUAAUCCACACCAUUUAUUUUUCUUAGAGGGAUGCUUAUGUUUUUAGGUAAAUCUUGAUCUUUGGAGCAAUUAAAAUGGAAUUAAAACUUGAAGAAAGCACUGUAAUAUGGCUCUGGUAAUUAAAAGGUAAGGAAGUUCCAAACUUGUGACCUUGUUUACAAAAGAGGAAAAGCAGAAAAUACACAGCCCAUCUGAAAUUAAGUUUAAGGAAAAUGUUUUGGCUUUUUCAUAACUUCCGUGUCCUGUACUAUGGUACUAUAAAGUCAGUCUUUAUAUGAGUUUUUGCUUAUUGGUAUUUUUACUUGUUAAGGGGAAAAGAAAUCUUUUGAUGACUUAUACCUCUAAAGAGCUUUAAUUCUGUUCGAGAUUCAACAAUCAUGUCCACCAGCAUAAUUUUAUCUUAAGGAGUAACUAAUAGGAAAUAUUAACUUAAUUUUUCAGGGCCCUAAUUUCUGUAUAUAACGUAUUGGGUAGUAAUGGAAAUCUGUCAUGCAGUUAGCUUAAACUAACAAUAACCCUCACAUUAAGAAAAAAAAAAAUCUUGCUUUGUCUUCAGUAUUAACUCUAUUUAUUUAUUCUUCCUUCCUUCCUUACUCCCUCCCUUUCUUUUUCUUUUCUUUUCUUUCUUACUUUAAACCAAGAACAAUUUAAUUUAAAUUAGAGGUUCCAAAACAGUACCUUGAUCCAAUGUUAAUUUUUAUAAUAAUAUUUGAAAGAGAUGGCUUACCCAGGAAAAAUUAAAAACCAUUUCUCGAGAUACUCCUAUUCACAAAUGGGAUUUGGGGAAAUCGAGCAUGCUGUCUUAGAUUUUUGUAGCUUUCUUGUUUUUGCUUCUGUUUUUGUUUUCAAAUGUUUGCUUCAAGCUGCUCCUGGCAAUGGUGAAUUGUUACAUAUCAUUAAUGUUUUCCAAACCCAAGGAUUGUUCACAUUUUUUCCUAUAUAAGAUCUGUGGAGUGUGUCUUUCAAAGAGAGGGAAAUACAGGAAUGUUAAAGCAGGAAAACCUGAAUGUGAUGUGCACAUUUUCAUUCCACAUGGACAAUGUAUUUGUUUUAAUAAAUGGAAUUUUCAAAUUCA